GUUAAUCUAGAAAGUAAAAAGUGUAACAUCAAACGGUUUAGAGACUACCUACAUAUAGAAUCAGUUGACAAUGCGACCGCCAACAGUUUUAUGGCUAAGCAAAGCACUUGAAAUGCUUGUAACUGUUUCAAAUUUCAGCAUUACUGAAGCCACUAAUGAAAAACUGCAAGAAGCUGUUAGAAAACUAUCUACAUCGGAAGCCAUGUCUAAAUUUGUUCAUGGGUCUUCCGGGAGGUAUUCUACCGCGGCGCCAAUGGAAACAAUGGAAACAGACAUCCCCAAGCUUACGGUGGUAUUCCCAUUUGGUCCUCAACGUCCCACGAGUACCGCGCGCUCUUCAAGCAUCUCUACUUCGGUUUGGACAACAACAAAACCGAUGGCUUCGUCGUAUAUUCUGCCAGUUACUGACUUAAGGUCAACAAGAGCCGGAGCCAACCACACAGUACUUGCGGAUCAGUACACAAGUGCAGCCUUUACUACCUCGGCGUUAUUCACUAAAACGACCACUGCUCGUCCAGCCGAGCUAACCAUAGGUACCACACGGAAAACCGUUACCGAUGGCCUUCUGGAUUUAGUCACCACUUUUGAUCCGGAUUUUAUCAAAACACGGCAGCUGUGGGAGAGGCUUUGGAACUAUUCUUUUUCUAGUCCGAAUGGGUUCUCCCUUGAAAACUCUUCCGUGGAGCUAUCUUCAGUUAUUGCCGAAUUGCACGAUAUUAUUGCCAGUUGGACUUACUGCGAUUUAACUUGUAUGAAUCUCACAUUAUCGAGGUUUGUCCGCGUUGGCAGAGCGGUUCCACUUCACGUUCUCAUGCAAAUGGAAGACAACUUCGGCAGCUGUGAUCAGUUUCUGCGGCUUCCGAGCAUACUAAUGCGGAAAUUAUCAAACGAUACGGUGACAGGUUUGUGGUAUCCGCUGACAAGCAAAGAAGGGCUGUCGUACAGUGUUGGGGACGUCUGGUUGCAUAACAGUUAUAAUUAUACGUUAAUUGGAUUCACCAGUCGUGAUGGUUUUGAGUUCCCUUUGAAUACAUCUGUGCAUGUGCUCGUAUAUUCGAACAAUCAGGAGCCAACAUCCACCGCAGUGGGAGUGACUACCGAUCCCAUCGAUUCUUUCAGCUUGUACAACUGUGAGAUAGACGUCAGGCUUCCCAAAUCGCUCGUCGACUUGCUGAUACCGGUUGGAGGUCAUAUUGAAUUAUCUGAUUUUUUUCAAAAGAAUUUUGCAAAAGGCCACCCCACUAUAACAACAGCCGUUUCUCAAAUUUGGAUUGAAAUCUCUCAGCGAAGCGGAUUUCACACUGCAACAAUUCAAAACCUGGUUUUACCGGACAAAUUAAAUUAUACUGGCAUUAGUAUCAUAUCCCGAGUGAUCUCACUUGACGGUUUUAAUAUCAGUUAUAAAGCAGAUUUUAUGGGAUACCCUCCAUCUGGUCUACUGAAUGGCAGUAGCAUGCCUUACCGCUUCCAAGAACCGAUUUCCUUCACCGUUUAUGGAUUACCGCUGACUUCUACAGAAAGCUCAUUGCGGUAUCUUUGUGGCCAUUAUAAUGUCAAUGUUGCCUAUGGCCACAACCACGGCGAAUGGAGCCUCGAAAACGGCUGUCAGACGUCAACGUUCAGCGAGGUGACCUUUACCGACUCCUCGUCUACUUACAAUGUAUCCGCUCUUACUUGCCAUUGUUAUUAUUUCGGCUGGUAUGCCGUGUUUCGUGCAACCGAAAUUCAGCCUUCCGCUGGAAAUUUGCUGGAUGUCAUAUUUCAACGUGUUCAGGAAUUGCAUAAAAAAGGUCAAUCGUCUGCUGUAUUACUGCAACAAAUCAGUGCCAUGCUGGAACAAUUGGAAAAUGUGGCAGCCAUAAAUGAGCAGUCGGCUUUGCAAACAAUUCUGGAAUUCUUUCAAAUUGGCAAUGUUAUCGAACUACCCAGUAUCGCUGAAGUGCACAAUAAAAGCGGACUUUGCAACCGUUUAAUGACGUUACGGGAUAAGAUUGCGAGUAGUAUUAAAUUUUACACGAACAACAGUGAUGAAAUUAUUUCAGCAACGACAAAAGAUUUUUCCGUGACGGUAACUCGUUUGUCAAAGGCAUCCCGGUUUAUUGGAAUGGCAUCGUUUUUGGAAAAUAACAACUUACAUAAAAUUAUUGAUAAUAAAAGCAUGGAAAUUCCUGGCGAGAAGCAGCUGGGAUCCAGUAUCACGUUGCCGGAUUCGCUGGUCGAUUAUUUGAUUAAACUUUCUGAACAUAAAGAAAUCCGUAUGUGGUUUGAGGUAUCUCGCAAUUCGACCAUUUACAAUGCGACGAUGGGUUUCGCGGACAAUGCUACCAGUGACUUUCCAAACAGCAGUCCAAGGCAGUUCGCUUUAGCGUCUUUCGUAACCGGUGCCAGUAUUUCUGUGGGUCCUGUUAUAAACUGGACCGACUUUAUUACGAUCCGAUUAAAAAUACUUUAUUACCACACCAAUUUCACAUACACUUGUGCUUAUUGGGAUAUCUAUGCAAACAAAGGAUUUGGCGCCUGGAGCACAAAUGGGUGCAAAAGCGGAGGCAUAGACAACACUUACAUGACGUGUUUCUGCAAUCAUUUGACGAGUUUUGGAAUCCUUGUGGAUGCCAGCGGGUUAAGCGGAGUAUCACCAGCUACAACCAAGAUUUUGUCAGCAAUUACGUAUGUCGCCUUAAUAAUCUCCAUCAUUGCCUUAACUGUCGUUAUCACCAUGACCUUCCUUAUACGAAAUUUCAGCAACCUGAAUUCACGGUCUAUAACGAAACGCUUCAACGACAAAGAUUUCGUCAUUAUCAACUUAUGUUUGUCUCUCAUUCUGACCUACGCGGUAUUUCUGGGUGGAAUUGAUCAACUGGAACCACGAGAAUUGUGUAUGCUCACCGGUAUUAUUUUACACUGGUUGUUCCUAGUCUCUUUUGCCUGGUUAGCUGUGGAGGGAUUGUUGCUGUUCAAAACGUUUGCCGCCCAGACUUUGCCGUUGCCCAUGAAUCACUUUCAGUUACGGUCUGGACUACUCUGCUGGAUUCUUCCUUUUUUGUUGAUCGCCACCAAUCUGAUAAUCGAUUACGACGCUUACGGAUAUGGAUUAGUGAAAGCAUGUUGGCUGGACGCUUUAUACGCUUCACUGCAAUAUUAUUUGACCGUCAUCCUUCCGAUUUGCCUAAUACUGGCAUGGAAUUUGAUAGUUUUCAUUUUAGUUGCCAAACAGUUGAUUUCAACAAAACUGAAAAUCCGCUGUACGAAGAUUAACGCUGACCUUUCCAUACAAUUACGGCGUUGUGCCAUAUUGUUUGUCCUUUUGGGGCUACCUUGGAUGCUGCUUCUGGUUAACAUAUUUAGCAGCAGCGCAGUGGCAUCCACUGUGAUGAACGUGCUGAUAACUAUCUUUUGUGGUACACAAGGAAUCGGAAUACUGGCCAUACAAAUUCAUGGAACUAAAACUGUUCUCCGCCGGAUAUCGAAAACAUUACUGGAGUCGCGCAGCACCACAAGGACCAGGAGCACGAUAAUAUCAUCACGUAAAAACCGUUACUGGUAUGAUCCACUUGCUUUCGAUUGAUAGUCUAAGGGGUUUGUUUUUGUUUGCAGAAAUCGGUACUGUUGGAUAUAAGACGUCGUGAACUUUUGGAUAAAGUUUUCUACGCCUGUCAUAUAUUUUCAUCUUAGAUUUGCAUUAUUGAGUGUAAACGCAAUGGGAAAGCUUAUUUUAUACAGACUGUUUAUAUUUCAAAAAUGUACAAUCGCGUGCUGUGUUGAAAGCUUGGUGAUCAAGCGGCAAAAAUUUGUACUAUACGA